UCGGCGCCCUGGCCAGCGGCUGCCUAGCGGGCAAGGGGCGGCGGCAGCGGCGGCGGCGGCGGCUCCGGGGCCCUAGUGCGCGUUGGGCUCCUCGCAGGGGGGGGCUCGUCCCGCCUGGCCUCCAGCGUCCGCGGGGCUCAGGGGGCGCUUGGCCCGGGCAUUGCUGGCGGGGCGGGGACCCUCCCGCUCUGGGGCUCCUGGCUUCAGGGUGCUCUGCCCUAGCAGUAAGCAAUAGCAAGGAGAGCCUCCGCCCUGGGCAUCCGAGAGCCCCCCAGGGCGCCCUCUGGCCUGGGUUACCGUAGGCGCCUACUUUCAGUGGCCUCUUCCCUUGCAUCCCUGCUUCCCCCCCCCCCCCCAAAAAAAAAAAUUCCCUGUGGAGCUGCAGCGCUUGUAGGGAGUGGCUCCAACGGGGCAGCUGGGCUGUCAGCUGCUGACCUUGAAACAAUGCAUCACAACGAUAAGAGUGGGAUCUCCCCAGCUGGAAGUUGGGAGAUCCGCCGGGUUGCAGCUGGGCCUUAUUCCAACCAAAAUCCACCACAGCGGGCUGUGCUUGGGCUGCUGACUGAGAAUGGGCAGUGCUUGAGGGCAUGUGGCCAGGGUACCACCAUAGUCGGACGCUUCUCUGGCUCUGAAAAUGCUUUCCCUCCCUCUGGAAAGAAUAUAUUCCCUAGCUGGAUGGUCAAUGUAACAUCCAAGCAAGGGUUUGCGAUAUAUGUAGAUGAACCAGAGCAGAAAGACGGAUGUAGCUGCACAGUGGUAGAAGAAGUGGAACCUAGCCUGUGUGAAGUGGAUACUAGCACAAUGAAACCCAAUAUUCAUCUGCUGUUGGAUUUGAGUACAGGUUCUCCUAUGUUGGUGGAUACAUCAUUCCAGUCACAACAUGAAGUUCAUGUGGAUAACAAUGUGGAUGUAAUGAAUGUGGGAGACUAUGCAGAAGACAUUCAUCAGUACCUUCGAGAAGCUGAAAUAAGAUACAGGCCAAAACCAUGUUACAUGCGAAAGCAGCCAGACAUCACAUCAGGGAUGCGUGCAAUCUUGGUGGACUGGCUGGUGGAAGUUGGGCAAGAAUACAAACUUCGUACUGAAACACUGUACCUAGCUGUCAACUUUCUGGACAGGUUUCUUUCCUGCAUGUCUGUCCUCAGAGGGAAGCUGCAGCUUGUGGGAACAGCAGCAAUUCUUCUGGCUGCGAAAUAUGAAGAGAUCUACCCUCCAGAGGUAGAGGAGUUUGUGUAUAUAACAGAUGAUACUUACACAAAGAGACAGCUAUUAAGAAUGGAACACCUGCUCCUGAAAGUACUGGCUUUUGACUUGACAGUACCAACUAUCAACCAGUUUCUCCUUCAGUAUUUACAGAGACAUGGAGUCUGUGUCAGGACAGAGAACUUUGCAAGGUAUGUAGCAGAGUUGAGUCUCCUGGAAGCUGAUCCAUUUCUGAAGUACCUUCCUUCACAAACUGCUGCAGCAGCUUACUGUCUAGCAAAUUACACUGUGAACAGACAUUUCUGGCCAGAAACACUUGCUGCAUUCACUGGAUAUUCGCUAAGCGAGAUAGUGCCUUGUCUGAGUGAUCUACAUAAAGCAUGCCUUGAUGCUUCUCAUCGACCACAGCAAGCAAUUAGAGAGAAGUACAAGCUGUCAAAGUACAUGCACGUAUCCUUUAUGGAGACACCAGCAGUUCUUCCUCUGCAAUAAAUGCCAGUGAACCAACACACUGACUAAAAUCGAAGCACUUGCCUCCUGAUCAACAGAGUUGGUCUUACAUUUUUAUAGGGCACUGCAGGUCAUGUGUCAGUAACCAUGAUGCUUAUUAUUUUAGCUGACAUUUUUAAAUAUGAUUUUUUUUACAAGGACUCUAGACUAGACUAGUUUUAAUGUAAACUAAAAGCACUUUUAAUAAAUAUCUUGCCUUA